AUGGAUUCCAAUCCAUUUAUGCAUACAGGAAACUUUGUUGAUCUACUUAGUCAACAAAGUAUUUCUUUUGCUAACUAUGAAGAUAUCUCAACUCUGUCUUCAUCUCAACAUCCUUCUCUUCACAGGGAUGAUGUAGGUGAGCGUCGGGAACGGAAGACGUGGACUCCUACUGAUGAUAUUCUGCUGAUCAGCUCGUGGCUCAACACCAGCAAAGAUCUAGUGGUUUCGAACGAGCAAAAAGCAGGCACCUUCUGGAAAAGAGUUGCAGCCUGUUUCAACGCGAGUCCAAAGGCAGCUGGGGGAGAGGAGAGAACGCCUAAUAACUGUAAGCAGCGUUGGCACAAGAUCAACGACUUGGUCUGCAAAUUCUGUGGCGCGUACGAAGCUGCAACUAGGGAGAAAACCAGUGGCUGCAAUGAGAAUGAUGUCCUGAAGAGAGCUCAUGAGAUUUACCACAACAACCUUAAGAAGAAAUUCACUUUGGAGCAUGCUUGGAAGGAACUGCGAAACGACCAGAAGUGGUGCGAAGUUGCAAGUGCCAGAAACGAGGGAAGCUCUAAGAAAAGGAAGUGUGAAGACGCUGAAGUCUCAUCAGCCUUUCAACCAUCUGAAAGCAAGCGUCCCGCUGGUGUUAAAUCAUCAAAGGCCCGUGGGAAGGCGACUGUGGCUGAAGAGGCUCUCACGAAUGGGUUUCAAAGUAUGUGGGACAUUAAACAGAAGGAUUUGGAAGUGAAGGAAAGGUUGUCGAAGAUGAAGAUACUUGAGUCUAUUAUUGCAAAGACAGAACCGCUAGCUGAGUAUGAGGAAGCCCUCAAGAAGAAGCUCAUCAGUGACCUAAUGUUUACUUAG